AUGGCUUGCAAGUGCUCUAUGAAGAAGGCUGCCGCUGCUGCUGCCGCUGCCCCUACUCAGUCCACCUCCACACUCGCUCCUUCAAAGUGUGCUGCCAAUGUUGACGGCCCAUCCCAUACUAGCAUUAAGCAUGGCGCUGGCUGCUCAUGCUGCAGCGGUGCUUCUGGAUGUGUUUGCCACCCUCUGGCUGCUAAGGCUUACAUUACUGGCUGCCCAUGCUGCAGUGAUUUUGCUCAGCCUUCUCGCAUUUGA